AUGCUUUCGCAACGAAGACAAGCUGAUUGGCUUUUUGUAAAACUCAACGAAGUUAUGAUUGAAGAGUGCUACCACUAUAGGAAGAACGAGCAGCCGCAGCUAGAUGUUCUCUUUGAUGCAAAGCAAUGGGAGCAAUUUGUCAACACGGCACAAUCUAAGAUCAGGAUGAGUAAGCAGUGUCUCGCUCCACUUGUUAAGACAGCCGAGUAUUGGGGCAUGAAUAAGGUUCAAUACUAUGAGUGGGCUUCAAUGGGAAUCAAGUACUGUGAUGUGCUUGCAACUGCUGCUUCCCGAAAUCCUGUCUGGGAAGACGCCCGGGUCAAGCUCAACCAGCUGCUGUUGAGAAGGAUUACAGAAGGGCGUUCUUUAAGAAAGACAGCGAACCCUAUCUACUUGCUCGACUUGGAACACCUUAUUGCUUGGACAGGAAAAACCGACUUUGAAAAGAAAGGCCGCCGAGUAUACACGUUGAAGUAUGAAACAAUUACUGAGUCCGAUCUGCCAGUUGGUUAUGUACUUGACCGGUUUGGUGUCAUUAAGCCUCAUAUCAUCCGCACAAAGUCUCGGAUAUGUUCACGAGAAGUACAACAGCCGUCUUUAAUAGCCAUCUUUCUCAGCGAUGUGCUCGUCACUGGAAAUUGUUGCGACUGCUCCUCGUCCAGGGUUGUUGUAUAUUGA